GUUGUGUGGAUCGCGGGUCUUGGCGGCGGGAACAUCCAUGUGGCUCAGCGCCCUGCCUGCCACGCACCCGCCACGCGACUCCGCCACGUUUUUGGCUCCAUCCAUUGUAUCCUGGUAGCUGGCAUUGUGUAUUUGUACGCCACUCCUGUCAUUCAUUCUGAACAAGGUGAAGUCUUGUAUUUUGUCAUCACAAACCGCUUCACCAGGGGAGUCUGUAAACGCGUUUCCUAUCAUAGCUCUUUUGUGUUUUGCCAUCCAGUCCAUUCAUUUCCCACUGUCAUUUCCAGCCAACUGCGUUCACAAUGUCUUUCCAAGGCCGAACCCCAGAAUCUCUCAUGCCCCGCUCAGACUCGCGGAAUCCAGCCACGACGUGCAAAGGCAUCACCAAGUCCGGCCGGCCUUGUAGACGUCCCAUUGACGCGAAGCCGUCCCAGGACAAUGGUGUGAUCGCAGUAGCUUCUGUAGCAAAUGACAGCGAUGAGGAGGACAUCGGUGCCGCUGCGUACUUUUGCUGGCAGCACAAAGAUCAAGCGGAGAAAUUGGCUGCACAGGGUCCGGAUACGCAGCUGUAUCCCCUAAAGGAAAGGAGCAGUAUUGAUACGCUGAUCCAAAGACUUGGUGUGUUAGAUGUUCAUGAUGAAGAGGAGGUAAACGAGCAGAAGCAGGGCAAGGGCCGGAGAAAAGAGCACGGGAGAAUCCAUCGACCGCCGACUUGGGACCAGGUUCAAGGCCCGUUGAUGUCUGUGCCUAGCGACUUGAUGGCGGAGAAGAAGCGAAGAGAUCGACCGGCUAAGCCUGCACCACGGAGAAAGAAGCAGAGUUUCUGGGCGUCGUUGUGUUGUGGUGCCGCGGAUGAGGAUGAGGAUGAGCCUGUGCAAGCCGCUCAUCAUAAGAAAAGGACGAGCGAGAUCCCCAUGCAGCAAACCCCUCCUCGAAGACGAAACUCGCGUCCCUCGACUUCUUCGCCCGCGAGGAAUGACGCGCAAGAAACAUCUGUCCAACCAUCUGUCAACGAGCCUACCGGUAUGGCGAGGUACAUACCAUCCACGCUUCCACCGCAGCUGGCGUCUACAUUGCUCGCCCAGGCCUCGAAACCAAUCUCCCCACAUGACGAAGAAGGCUACAUCUACAUUUUCUGGCUCACGCCCGACGCCGUCGGUCCCGCGCCGUCAUCCACCGCGUCCACUCUCCUCACUCCGCCCUCACGACCCGACGCAGGCCGGCGAACAAGCGACGUACUACGCCAGUACUCUGUGAAGAACCCACAGCGUGCGCGCCCUGAUGCGACGCGCCAAAGAUCCGCAGCAGAUGCAGACGGGGCGACCAGCAAAGAGACGAUCCUUUUGAAGAUUGGCCGCGCGAACAACGUUCACCGGAGAAUGAACGAGUGGACUCAGCAGUGCGGAUAUAGUCUGUCGUUGGUGCGCUUCUACCCGUAUGUUUCUUCAACAUCAGCACCCUCGCCGCAAGCUUCGCCAAACUCACGGCAGACGUCGGAUGUCUCUGGGGUGCGCAAAGUUCCGCACGCGCACCGUGUGGAGCGGAUGGUGCAUCUCGAGCUCGCGGCGCAGCGGGUAGUGAAGAAGUGUGAUGCGUGUGGGAAGGAGCACAGGGAGUGGUUCGAGGUGGAGGCUACGAAGGAGGGCGUGAAGAAGGUGGAUGAGGUGGUCAGGCGGUGGGUCGAGUGGGACGAGAAGAGCGUUGAAUGACGACGGGGAAAGUUGCAGUUUGUGUUUGAUAGUAUUUAAUUCUAUAGACAAUGUCACUGAACAAGGCAUGUAUGCUCGAUGUAAACAGAACAGCAUUGGGGAAGGGGGUAUCUUAAUGUAGCUCUCGCAGCUCAUCAAUAAAAAAAAGGCAGACGAAU